AUGACAUCCUCAACGCCCGCCACAGGGGUUGCGGACGUCGACGUCGACGUGCUCAUCGUCGGCGGCGGCCCCGUGGGUCUCAACCUAGCGUACCAACUGCGGCGAUUCUCGUCUGCGCCGAUCAACCCGGAUGCAUCUGCGACGCCCAUCUCGGUGCACGUGGUCGAGAUGCACCCCAAGCCGGUGCAGGAGAACUUUGGGCGGGCCGUGACGUUCUGGCCGCGGUCGAUGGAGAUCCUGGCGCAGAUGGGACUCGCGGACCAGAUCACGCAGCAGUGCGUGGCGGUGCGGUCGAGCGCCGCGUACGACACGACGGGCACCGAGGUGUUUGGGCGGGGGUGGAGUUUCGUCGAGGGCCUCGAGGACACACGGUUCACGUUUGCGAGCGUACUGCGGCAGAAGUUUGUCGAGGACAUUUUCCGAGCCGAGCUGGGACGGUUGGGCCUCACGGUCGCCGAGAACUGCAAGUUUGUGGACCUCGCCGUGGACGAGUCGGUCGAGGCUGGUGGCAGGGGGAGGGUCAAGGCCACGAUCCUGGAUCGCAGCGCGGGCGAGGGUAGGGACAGGGAAUAUACCGUCAAGUGCCGCUAUCUGAUCGGCUGUGACGGGUCGAGGACGCUGGUGCGCGGAGCCGCGGGGAUCGAAUCUGACGGAGACCGCACCGAGGACAAGUGGGUCAGGAUUGACGGCGUCCUCAAAAGCACGACGAUGCCCAAGCCCAGGUCCUACGGCGCCAUCGAGAGUCCUCUGUACGGCAAUGUCCUCUGGAUCCCGCUCGACCACGGUGCCACGAGGAUCGGAUUCGCGCUGAACGACGAGCGGAGGAAACUCUACAAGGAGCUCAAUCAGGAGGUGUUUUUGCAAGAGGCAAAGCUGUCCGUCAAGCCCUUCGAGAUUGAAUACGAGAGGGUAGACUGGGCGAGUGUGUACAGUGUCGGACAGCGUGUGGCGAGGAAUUUCUGGGCCAAGGAGGCGGUCUUUAUCGCUGGCGACGCUGCCCAUAGCCACAGCUCGGGAGCAGGCCAGGGGAUGAAUGCUGGCAUGCACGACGCGGUGAAUCUGGGCUGGAAGCUAGCGCUGGUGUUGACGGGAGUGCUGAAGAGAGAAGUGCUCGAGACGUACGAGCAGGAGAGAAGACCGAAUGCGCGCAAACUCAUCAAGUACGACGAGGAUAUCAGCGUCCUCGUCUCCGGGCGGCUGCCAAAGGAUUGGCCGGGAGAUAAAACCGAGGACCCGAAUGUCGUUUUGGGAAGGAUACUGCAGGAAGCCAAAGGAUUCAAUACCGGCUUGACCAUUGGCUUUGAACCGAACGUUGCUGUUUCAAGGGAUGUCAGUGAGGAGGACGCAGAGCUGGUGGCCAAGCGAUCGAUCAUCCCAGCACCGGCCAUCGCAGGAUACCGCGCUCCAGAUGUCCAAGUGUUGACUCCUGCACUGUGGGAGCCGGUGUGGCUGCACACUCUGAUGGCAAAUCUAGCGAGAUUCUAUGUUGUCGUCUUUAUGGGCAGAUCGGCUGGGGUGAAGAGCUCGUUUCUCAAGAUGAAGGAAGACGUGCAAAAGAACCAACACUUGAGACUCGAUAGGGUUCCGGGAACAGCAGCAACAACAAACGGGGCGCAUCUCAACGGAUCCUCAACAACCCCGUCUCGAAAAUGGCCUGUAGACUUCCUCACCAUUCUACCUGAGAAGGUCGGCAAUGCCUGGUUCGAGCUGGGGACUGAUCCGCUAGGCCGAGUGUAUUAUGAUGUCGACGGUGGCAAGGCCUACCAGAGAUAUGGAGUCGAGGUCGAUUCCGGGGCUGUCUUGGUGGUGAGGCCAGAUGGAUGGAUCGGUGCUAGGUUUGGUCUCGGUACGGGAGACGUUGUUGACAAGAUCGACGCGUAUCUAGGCGGACUCCUCUACCGAUAG